GCUCACCCUCCCAAGCUAAACAAAUUUAUGGACAAGAAGUUAUCAUUUACAUUAAAUGGUGGCAGACAUGUCCAAGGAAUAUUGUGGGGAUUUGACCCCUUUAUGAAUCUUGUGAUAGUUGCAUGUGCAGAGAUGGCAAGUAGUGGGCGACAGAAGAAUACUUGAAUGGUGGUAAUAUGAGGAAAUAGUAUCAUCAUGUUAGAAGCCUCAGAAAGAGUAUAA